AUGGUAUCCGCUGAUAAGGAAGGCCCGUUGCCAUUAACGCCAAGGCACCUGUUGAUUGGACGAAACUUGCAAGUUAUGCCCGAUCUUGAUGCAAGAACAAGGGAUUCCAGUAUUGGGAAAAGAUGGCAAUUUCGUCAGCGUAUCAGCAAGUUAUUCUGGAACAGAUGGCAAAAGGAGUAUUUAUCGGAGUUGAAUGUACGAAAAAAAUGGUUUGAAGGUUGUGAUAACGCCAAGAUUGGGGAUAUAGUUCUAAUAACGGAGGACAAUACAAGAAACAAGAGUGGAUUCUGGGAUGGAAACCUACAUGAGUUCAGUACUCUUGAAACAGAUGAUAAUAUGAGGAGCAUGGUCAAAGAUCUGCAUAAAACAGACUUAUUAUCCAGGAUUGAGGGUGGUGACCUAAUUUCACUCGAUGCAAAGUAUCACUUGGCUUGCUUGGUUGGACUUCGAAAUCGGCAUCGUUUCUUAACGAGGCAAAACCAGGACUUCUCUGAGAGCUAUAAAGAAGAGAAAAAAUUCCAAGCCAGAGCCCUUGCUGAACUUAUCACAUAUGUAGAAAACGCUGUUGAUGAUGGAACCUUCUAUUUCAAGUUUUUAAUGCUACGUCACCUGUAUAAAAGUCGUCUGCAUGAUCUUGGCAUCAGCAAAGUACGCUUCAAGGAGCAAGUUCUUAAGUACUUUCCAAAUGCACCAGAGCAAAGUGGUGGAAAGAAUCGCAUACUUGUUUUUGAACAAGGCAUGCAACAGAUGCUAAAAGAGGCAUUGAAGAGUGACUAUGAGGAUGAAGCAAUGAUUCUAGCUAAGGCUGCAAAAAUUGUGCGGAAUGAUAUCUUCCACUCAAACGGUUUCAAAUUUAAUGCUUCAUUCACCUCUGACUGCCAGCAGAACUCAGUUCCCAUAAAUCUCAAGACUCUAGAGCAGCUGCUGUUGAGCGUCAUACCGGCGUACAUUGCCGCCGAAGUGAAGCGAGGCAUUGUGCUCAAAAUGCACCAGUCGUCGACGGACAUCUCUCGACGACCGUCAGCGCCCCCUAGUAGCAUGUUCCACGAGAUGUACGUGCAGAUGCACAAGAAUGUCAGCAUUCUCUAUGCGGAUAUCGUCAACUUCACGCCGCUAGCUCACGGCAUGGAGGCGUCGGAGCUGGUGAAAACUCUCAACGAACUCUUCGGUAGAUUCGACAAAAUUGCGCAGGAUAAUCAGUGUAUGAGGAUCAAAAUUCUCGGAGAUUGCUAUUACUGCGUGUCGGGCAUGCCGAUUUCUCGGCCUACUCAUGCAUCAAACUGCGUCAAGAUGGGAUUCGAAAUGAUCGAGGCCAUAAGUGCCGUACGCCAUGCCACGGGCGUGAAUGUAGACAUGAGAAUAGGCAUACACUCUGGCGACGUGUUGUGCGGUGUCAUCGGGCUGCGUAAGUGGCAGUACGAUGUAUGGUCUGAUGACGUCACCAUCGCAAAUCACAUGGAGUCCAGUGGCAUGCCUGGGAAGGUGCACAUUACCAAGGCGACACUUUUGCAACUGGAUGGCAGUAAAUGGGAGGUAGAGCAGGGCUACGGUGAAGACAGAGACGAUCUUCUAAAAGAGCAUAGCGUAGAAACAUUCUUCAUCAUACCGCCAAAGCGCAACGAUGCGGAUGAGCGAGGAAAAUCCGAGGAGCUGUCGAGGAACGUCGGAAGCCAGCGAGGCUCCAUCAAGAGUUCGACGCGAGUAGCACGUUAUCUCGACUCGUGGGGCGCCGACAAGCCGUUUGCGAAUAUCACGGAAGGUGUCGUCGCCAAAAAUAUCGGACUGACGAGUUUAGCGCUGAUCGAGUCAAACCUCUUACAACCGCGGAGAAACACGUUCUGGAAUAUAAGGCAGUGGCUGAAUGCGGAAGACAUACACCCAGCUUUCUUACACUUUGUCAACUUAUCAAUGGAACAAAACUACCACAAGCAGCCCGAUCCCUUAUUCAAGUACUACAUUGCUUGUGCUACUGUGAUCUUUAUCUGCAUGCUUCUAGUUCAAGUCAUCUUCAUGCCAAAAGAUUUGGUGCUGCUCAUCUCAUAUGGUGCUAUUAGCUUUCUGUUUGUUGUCCUACUCUUCAUAUCAUGGUCUGAUAGCUUUCACGUGAGUAAGAUGCAUCAACCAUCCUUCCUGAGUUCCGUGUCUCGUGUGAUAAGGAAUGGACCGUGGCUUCGCAUGUUCAUAGCGACAACGACCAUGGCCGUUCUCGUAGCUGCCGCCAUUAUUACAGUGGUGGAUUACGACCCCGGUCAAGUUACGUCGAGCGACGAGCGCGGUGAAAUGAUUCCAAAUAUAUCGGAGACUUUCGUCGUGUCUGAUGACGAGAUUGGAGCACUAGAGCUGCCAUCAAUACGUAACGCCACGGCUGAAAGCUACUGUCACUUUGCGCCGUACUACGUCUUCUGCUGCCUGUUGGCUCUCAUCGCCUGUUCUGUGUUCUUGCAAGUCAACUUUCUCCUGAAAAUCUUCGUGACUCUGCUGGCCGCUGUGCUAUAUAUAGCGACUUUCAACAGCCUGCGACGAGACGUGUUCGUAGGACACGAGCCAGAGACGAAUACUCUACUGACAGAUCCAAUCAGGUACACGAUCUAUGUGAUUCUGAUGUUUAUUACGCUACACGUCAUCGAUAGAAAGAUCGAGUACACGUCCAGAUUAGACUUCCUCUGGAAGACAAAGUUUCAGACUGAGCAGGAAGAGGUGGAGAUGAUGGGGUCAGUCAAUAAGAUCCUUCUCGAGAACAUACUGCCAGCGCAUGUUGCCGCCCACUUUCUCUCCCCAAACCGAAGGACAGACGAAUUAUAUCAUCAAUGCUAUGACAGCGCCAGUGUCCUAUUCGCAUCGAUUCCUAACUUCUUCAAGGAGUUCUACUAUCAAACAGACAUAACUAAGGACGGUCUCGAAUGCCUCCGUGUUCUUAACGAAAUCAUAUACGACUUCGACAAGCUGCUGCUAAAGCCAAAGUUCUGUGGCGUGGAGAAAGUCAAGACGAUUGGCAGUACGUAUAUGGCCGCAGCAGGUCUUGUACCUGGGCAGGAGAACAAGCAGCAGAACCCUGAUCAUCAUGUCAUUGUGCUGCUGGAAUUCGCCUUCGCAAUGAUAGCCAUCCUAAAUCAGUUUAACAAGGAUUCAUUCAACGAAUUUCGCUUACGGAUGGGAUUCAGUCAUGGUGAGACCAUAGCAGGCGUCGUCGGUGCACAGAAGCCGCAAUACGACAUCUGGGGCAACACAGUCAAUCUCGCCAGUCGUAUGGACAGCACUGGUGUUGUCGGAAAAAUACAGGGAUGA